UUCACACGAUCACAGAGGAGCCUAUGUCUUGGCAUGAUAAUAUAGAAGAGCCAGCAGAUGCUGAGUUUCUGAACCUUAUUCACCAUGCAGCCCUGGAGGUAACAAAGAAAUAUUCAGAGCCACAAACUGAAAGCCAAGAAAUUGGCUGGAACAUGCCACCUUGGAUGAGCACGAGGCAUUAA